AUGUCUUCAAAGCAAGAGAACGACAGCUCGGCGAGCAACUCGCCCAAGAGCAGCACGCCCGCUCCCUCGACAACCACCAGCAACACGUCGCAGUCGGCCAACAGCACCAGCGCCGAGGACAACCUCAUCUGCAAGUGGAACGCCUGCAACCUCAAAUUUGUCUCGCCCGAGGCCCUCUACGAGCACAUCUGCGAGCGCCAUGUAGGCCGCAAGAGCACCAACAACCUCAACCUGACGUGCCAGUGGAACUCGUGCCGGACCACCACCGUCAAGCGUGACCACAUCACCUCGCACAUCCGCGUCCACGUCCCGCUCAAGCCUCACAAGUGCGAGUUCUGCGGCAAGUCGUUCAAGCGUCCCCAGGACCUGAAGAAGCACGUUAAGACCCACGCCGACGAUUCGGUUCUCGUCCGCUCGCCGCAAGACCAGGGCCUCAACGGCUACAGGGCGCAGCCCGGCAAAGCUUCUUCUAGCUACUAUGAUCAUAAUGGCCACAUUCGGACUAACUCGGCCGCCUUCGCACACCAGGCUGGGCAUGCUAGCUACUAUGCACCCCAACCAUCUACCAACUAUGGACUGUACUUCAACCAACAACCCCUGAACCCUCCCCGGACCGAGUACAUCGGCCACCACCACGCCCCUUACGACAACCGCAAACGCGCCUUUGACAUGGUCGACGACUUCUUCGCUCACGCCAAGCGCCGCCAGGUCGACCCCACCUCGUACCAGCAGGUCGGCCGCUCUCUCCUCCCUCUCCACGGCGCCCUCGGCCUCCACACCGGCCCCAUGCCCGGCUCCGACUACAUGUCUGCCCCGCCGCCGCCUCACCACCAGCAGCAGCAUCACCAGCAGCAUCACGUCCAGCAGCAGCACCAGCACCACCAGCAGCAGCACGUCCAAGGCGCCCCUUCGGGCCCCGGGCCCCUUACCCAGCAGUACUACCUGCCGCCCAUGCCCAACGCCCGCACCAAGAACGACCUCGUCCAGAUCGACCAGAUUCUGGAGCAGAUGCAGAGCACCGUCUACGAGAACGCCAACCAGGCCACCCAGGGCAUCCACAUCCACGGCCAGAACACAUUCGAUCUGCGCCACAGCCCCUCGCCCCCGGGCGCCGCCCACCGCGGCUCCCACGCCGGCCUGCCCAUGUCCCAGGAUGCCUACCACGCCGUCUCCGCCGCCCACAUGGCCUCGCCCCUGACGGCCGUCUCCUCCACCGGAACCCCGGCCGUCACGCCCCCGUCGAGCACCAUGUCCUACACCUCGGGCCACUCGCCCAGUCCCUCUUCCUCGGGCAUGUCUCCCCAGUCGAGACACGCCUCCACCGCCUCGUCCGUCAUGUACCCCAACCUGCCCGCCGUCAGCUCCGUCUUCCCGGGCCAGUCCACCGCCUCGACCCUCGGCCCCAGCUUCGACACCAACGAGCGCCGCCGCUACUCGGGAGGCAUGCUUCAGCGCGCCGCGCCGUCGUCGCCCCGCUCGCCACUCAUCAUGGACGACUCGUCGGGCGUCACGACGCCCAAGGCCGAGUCCGUCGCCUCUUCCAUCGGCUCCCCUUCGUCCGAGUCCGACACGAGCGAAGGCGCCCGCGAGCGCGAGGAGAAGUACGACCAGUGGCUCGAGAACAUGCGCACCAUCGAGGCCCUUCGCGAGUACAUCCGCGACCGCAUCGACCGCAGAGAGUACUCCGAGGAGCCCACCGAGCAACAGCAGCAGCAGCAAGAGUCGGCCAAGUCUCCGGAGGCCAGCCGCCUCAAGUCUCCCGAGCCCAUGGAGGUGGACGCGAAGCCCGGCCCGGCGGCGCCGCUCUACCCUAUCCUGCGCAUGCCCAACUGA